AUGGCACCGAUUGAACUGGCAGGCCGUUCUGGAGGCGCCAUGACGAGCCUCUUGCGACGAGCGGGAUCCAUCUCCGCAACCGGAGCGCACCGCGCAUUGCGCAUCUCGUCGAGCAGAUUCUCGACCGCAACGUCCCUGCCGCCGACGUACGAGAAGCUCUUCACCAGGUACACCGACGUGCGGCGGGUCCUGGGCAAGCAGCGCCUGACGCUGGCCGAGAAGAUCCUCUACAGCCACCUGGACAAUGUCGAGGAGUCGCUGCUCACCAACACCGACGGCGGGCGCAGCAUCCGCGGAAAGGCGAACCUGCUGCUCAAGCCCGACCGGGUCAACAUGCAGGACGCGUCGGCGCAGAUGGCGCUGCUGCAGUUCAUGUCGUGCAACCUCGAGAGGCCCGCGAUCCCGGCCAGCAUCCACUGCGACCACUUGAUCGUGGGCUCCAAGGGCGCCGAAGACGACCUCUCGGCGGGGAUCAGUGCCAACAAGGAGAUUUUCGACUUCCUCGAGUCGGCGGCGCGCAAGUACGGCAUGGACUUUUGGCCGCCGGGCGCGGGCAUCAUUCACCAGACGGUGCUGGAGAACUACGCGCUGCCGGGCCUCAUGAUGCUGGGCACGGACAGCCACAGCCCCAAUGCCGGCGGUCUCUGCACGGUGACGAUUGGCGUGGGCGGCGCUGAUGCCGUCGAGGCGCUGGUUGGUGCGCCGUGGGAGCUCAAGGCACCGAAAGUUCUGGGUGUCCAGCUCGUCGGCAAGCUCAACGACUGGGUGGCGCCCAAGGACGUCAUCCUGAAGCUGGCCGGCGAGCUGACUGUUCGUGGCGGUACCGGCUCCAUCAUCGAGUACUUCGGCCCUGGUGUUGAUACCCUGAGUGCCACUGGCAUGGCUACCAUCUGCAACAUGGGCGCUGAAGUUGGCGCGACCACCUCCGUCUUCCCCUACACCGAGGCAUCUGCGCGAUAUCUCCAGUCCACCCGCAGGAGCCAGGCCGUUGACAACAUCAAGGCCCUGCAGAGCUUCCCCGGAAGCGGCACCUCCGAGGAUGCCCGCUUCCAGUUCAAGGCGGAUCAAGGCGCCGAGUACGACCAGCUCAUCACCAUCAACCUGUCCGAGCUGGAGCCUCACGUCAACGGCCCCUUCACCCCCGACCUGGCCACCCCCUUAUCCAAGUUCAAGGGCCUUGUCAAGGACCAGCAGUGGCCCGAGAAGCUGUCGGCCGGCCUCAUCGGCAGCUGCACCAACAGCUCCUACGAAGACAUGACCCGUGUCGAGAGUCUCCUCAAGGAGGCCGCCGACGCAGGUCUCAAGCCCGCCGCCGACUUCUACAUCACGCCCGGCAGCGAGCAGAUCCGCGCAACCCUGGAGCGCGACGGCACGCUCGAGACCUUUGAAGCUGCCGGCGGUGUCGUGCUGUCCAACGCCUGCGGGCCUUGCAUCGGCCAGUGGCAGCGACAGGACGGCGUCACCAAGGGAACGUCCAAUGCCAUUCUCACGUCCUACAACCGCAACUUCCGUGGCCGAAACGACGGCAACCCGGACACCAUGAACUUCCUCGCCUCGCCCGAGAUCGUCACCGCCAUGGCCUUUGCCGGCUCAACCACCUUCAACCCCAUGACCGACAGCAUCAAGACCCCCUCCGGCAAGGACUUCAAGUUCUCCCCCCCCCACGGCCUCGAAGGUCCCACCACCCCCUUCGAGUCCGGCGUCGCCUCUCUCGGCGUUCUCUCCCAGCAGCCCGACCCAACCGUCCAGGUCGCCAUCUCCCCGUCCUCGGACCGCCUCGCCUUCCUCGAGCCCUUUGCCCCCUUCCCCGAGUCCGACCUCUCGGGCCUCCGCGUCCUCGUCAAGGUCACCGGCAAGUGCACCACCGACACAAUCUCCGCCGCCGGCCCCUGGCUCAAGUACAAGGGCCACCUCCCCAACAUCAGCACAAACACCCUCAACACCGCCGUCAACGCCGAGACGGGCGAGGUCAACGCCGCCUACGACCUCGACGGCUCCAAGCACACCAUCCCCGAGCUCGGCCAGCGCUGGAAGGACCGCCGCCAGGACUGGCUCGUCGUCGCCGAGCACAACUACGGCGAGGGCUCCGCCCGCGAGCACGCCGCCCUGCAGCCGCGCUACCUCGGCGCCAGGGUCGUCCUGACAAAGUCCUUUGCCCGCAUCCACGAGACCAACCUGAAGAAGCAGGGCGUCGUGCCCCUGACUUUUGCCGACGAGGCCGACUACGACAAGAUUUCCGCCGGCGACGAGGUCAGCACCGUCGGUCUGUACGAGAUGCUGCGCAACAAGGGCAAGGGAGACGUCCAGCUCAAGGUGAAGAAGGCGAGCGGCGAGGAGUUUCUCAUCCCGACCAAGCAUGCUGUGAGCAAGGACCAGGCGGGCUUCAUUCUGGCGGGCAGUGCUCUGAACCUGCUGUCCAAGGGUGUAUAA